GCCAUACCUACCCAUCGCCCUCAAAACCCAUAACUGGCUGACAUCCAGCCACGUGGCACCACUCCAGCGCCCCCACGUGGCACCACUCCCAACUCUUCCCUCCACCUUCCUCUUCCAGCCCCCAUCUUCCAAGUCAACCCCUCAACUCUCAAAAACCUCAGCUCCCGGUCCACAAAAUGCUCCACCACCUCUCCUCUUCCUCCUGCUUUCCUUCCACGGCCCAAUCCCUCCUCCUCCUCCCGAGAUCAACCGCCAACCUCCGCGUCCUCCUCACUAUGAGCCACGACGCGAGCUCGAGUUCGAGCUCUUCUCGCCCCCUGCACGGCGCAGCGGCGGUGGCGGUGCCUUCCCUGGGCGCGGACGAGACCGCCGCGACGGCCGAUGAGGCCUUCCGGCGGCACACCUCGCCAGGUCUGCGGCGUGGAGGCGGCGGUGGAGUGGCCGUCGUGUGGUUCAGGAACGACCUCCGGGUGCUCGACAACGAGGCGCUGGUGCGCGCGUGGGCGGCCGCCGAGGCCGUCCUGCCCGUCUACUGCGUCGAUCCCCGGAUAUUCGCCGGCGUCACGCACCGCUUCGGGUUCCCCAAAACUGGAGCAUUGAGGGCGCAAUUCUUGAUAGAGUGUCUGGAAGACCUGAAGCAGAAUCUGCAGAAACGAGGCCUCAACUUGCUCGUCCGGCACGGAAAGCCUGAAGACAUCCUCCCUGCAAUUGCCAAGGCUGUCAGAGCACAUACAGUCUAUGCUCAUCAGGAAACCUGCAGCGAGGAAAUCCUAGUCGAGCGCCUUGUGCACAGAGGUUUGGAGCAAGUAGUUAUCCCUCAAGGUCCUGGAGGAGCAUCCAACCAGAAUAAACCUCUGAACCCCAAGCUUCAACUCAUCUGGGGAACGACAAUGUACCAUGUCGAUGAUCUCCUGUUUCCCGUGAGCAAUCUGCCGGACGUUUACACGCAGUUCAGGAAGGCAGUCGAAUCGAAGUCCUCAGUUCAGAACUGCUGCAAAUUGCCACCUUUGCUCGGGCCUGCCCCUAGUUCUGGCCUGGAUGAGCUUGGAGGCUGGGGGUCAAUACCCACAUUAGAGUCCCUUGGUCUAAGUGUGACAAAGGCAGAGAAGGGAAUGCAUUUCCUAGGAGGAGAGAGUGCAGCACUAGGAAGAGUUCAUGAAUACUUCUGGAAGAAGGAUCAGUUGAAAGUCUACAAAGAGACUAGGAAUGGCAUGCUAGGUCCAGACUACUCCACCAAGUUCUCUCCUUGGCUUGCUUCUGGCAGUCUUUCACCACGUUAUAUCUGCGAAGAGGUGAAGAGAUAUGAAAAGCAGAGAGUAGCAAAUGAUUCCACAUACUGGGUUUUAUUUGAGCUAAUAUGGAGAGAUUACUUCAGAUUUCUUUCAGUAAAAUAUGGGAGCUCCAUUUUCCACUUAGGAGGUCCAAGGAAAGUAGUCUCCAAGUGGAGUCAAGAUCAGGUAUUGUUCGAGUCUUGGAGAAAUGGUCGAACUGGGUACCCUCUUAUCGAUGCCAACAUGAAGGAACUUUUAGCUACUGGUUUCAUGUCGAACCGUGGCCGUCAGAUUGUCUGCUCAUUUUUGGUCCGAGACAUGGCUAUCGAUUGGAGAAUGGGAGCUGAAUGGUUUGAAACAUGCCUACUGGAUUAUGACCCCGCUUCAAAUUAUGGUAACUGGACAUAUGGAGCAGGAGUUGGCAAUGAUCCACGAGAAGACCGAUACUUCAGUAUCCCCAAGCAAGCCAAGACGUACGAUCCUGACGGCGAAUAUGUCGCCUAUUGGUUACCGGAGCUCCAGUCACUCCCAAAGGAAAGGAGGAACUUCCCAGGGGCCUCAUACAUCAAGCAGAUCAUCCCACUGAAGUUCGAUGGUGGACAUCAGAAAAAAGAUCAGCAAUUUAACAGGCAGAGAAAACCAAACAAUAUUUACAGAAGACAGAAGUAAUAUGCCAUUUAUACCAUCCAUCAAGAGUCUCUGCAAAUGUUUCAGUGACAAAGUUCAGCAUAUCUGUGUAAAAUUGUUUGAUUUCUGAUUUCAGAAGUACUCGGCAAAUUACAGGUCGA